AUGGCGGCGGAUGACGUUAUGUUAGAGAAUAUGUUGUCUUCUUUGGUUACAGGCAGCGGUUUGCCGAGACCAGCGCCUGUUUGCUCGGCAGAGCAUGCUGUGAUCCCAGUGGGCGCCGGCCUACAACGUCCGGCUCCGCUUGUGUGGGGACUGUUUGAAUUACCUGGCCCUGGAGAUGGUCGCAUUUGUGCGCAGUCAACUUUGCCAUCUGCUACUUCGGCUCUUAGUUUGUUGGAUGGCCGGUGCAGCAAGCGUGCCAGAAUUGCGUCUGGUCCUUUAACGGACUGCCGCGAUGGUGAUGUGUCUUUGCGUAGUAAGGAAGACGCUGAGCGUGUGAGUCUGUGUGACAAGUGGGCAGAUGUUGCAGUGGUUUUGCUGAAUGAGAGUGACUUGGACGUCGCGCCUGGGGAGGUCAGCAAGGCUCAGCUGAGUCGCAUAUUUGCAAAUCGCGCGGCUUCGACUUUGAAAAAGCAUCUCCGCGGUUGGGGCGUCUGGUGGGAAUUCUGUCGUACUUCUUCUUGGAGCAUGGCGAGACCAUCUCUGACACAACUGCUCGACUUCUUCGAGAGUCUAUGUGAGGGUGUGCGCAUGGAUAGAGGCCGCAAUCGCAAAAGUAAAGCGAUGGGAGUUAUCGCUGCCAUGAAAUUUGCAGCAUCACGGCUGCAGCUAUGUGGGCUGCUUGGGCAGCUCAAAAGUCCGUUGUUGGAGCCUUGGGGCCGUUGCGAGAAGUGGUCCAAACGUCGUCCUCGUGAGGCUACUCCGUUGUCAUUUGACAUUGUGUUGCGCCUGGAGUUGGCGUGCCAGUCAGCUCCGGUGGAAGAUUCUUGGUUGCUGCUGUGCUUCCUAUUAAUGUUAUUCGGGAGCUUGCGUUGGAGCGAUGCCCAGAGAGUGGAUCUGAGCUCGGUGUCCUGCCAACAAGGCUGUUUGCGUGGCUGGACGUGGCGUUGUAAGCAGUCGGCCACUGGCAUGCCAUGGGCUGUUUGGUGCAAGGGUGUGGCUAAUUCAAAUUGGGGCGUGCAGUUAUUCGAAGAGUCACUAGCGGUGCGAGCCGCGGUCCCCAACAGGGACUUCUUGAUUGGUCAUGGCGGUCAACCCGUAUCUUACUCUACGGCGCUUGCUCAGUUUCGCCGGUGCCUGGUGACUUAUGGUGGUGUGGAUGCAGUUGACGUGCUGAGUUACACAUUACAUAGCCUCAAGUGUACCUUUUUGUCCUGGGCUGAGGAGGCAGAGGUCAGCUCCCGUGACCGCUCUGCGCAGGGCCAUCACAAAGAGCCUGGAGUUUCUGAGUGUGUGCCAAAGUAUGGCCGCAACGACACUCUGCCUCAGCUGCGUUGUCAAAAGAUUGUCUUGGAUAAGUUGGUUACAGGAUGGCGGCCCAUGGUGCCAGUUGAUCGCGGGGUCGGUGGCCAGGUGGUUUUACCUGCAGACGAGGGUGCACUUUCUCCAGCAGGUUCAGUCACGGAGUCGGAGUCAGAGCAUGAAGAUGGGGAAGUAGAUGACUCUGGCAGCAGCGUUUGCCCCAGCGACAUCCUAUGUGACCAGGACAGCGAUGCUGGUUCCUGGGACGCCUGCGACUCUGUUGGUCCUUGGAUAAUCAACGGAGCCACUGGUUGGUUCCACCUAGCAGUUGCUACAGAGUCUGGAGGGUUACUGGUGGAUGACACGCGCUGGGGUCUGGCGUGUAGGCCACGCGCCGUGUUGCAGACCAGCUGCUUCCUUGUGCGUGAUGACCCGGCGCUGCAGUGCUACGUGUGCUGCGGGCACAGUGCCUGUGCUGCGCAGUGCGGCGUACCCGUAUGA